AUGGAUGCGAAACCCAAACCGAGGCAGCCAUGGUCUUUGCGGCGCAAGAUUCUUCUCGCAGUUCUCAUCGUAGUCUUGAUACUCGCGCUCGGCUUGGGAUUAGGUCUCGGUCUUACCUUGGGACAGGGCGACGACAAUAACGACGACAACUCCUCUCCACCAACACCUCUGCCAGCACCAAACACCACACUACCAUGGGUACCAUCCGUAUCGGAUACUUGGCAAAUCAUCCUUUCUCACCCGCCCAUCCUCUCUUCCUCUGAGACCAGCACAACCCCCAACGUCAGCAUCUUCGACAUCGACCUCUUCGACACGCCGAUCGAGACAAUUCAACAACUGCAUGCUAUGGACAAGAGAGUGAUAUGUUACUUCAGCGCAGGAAGCUACGAGGACUGGCGGCCUGACGCUUCAGAGUUUACAAAAGAGGAUCUAGGACACGACCUAGACGGGUGGCCAGGCGAGAAAUGGUUGGACCUGGGGAGUGAGAACGUGAGAAGGGUGAUGAAGAGUAGAGUAAAUUUGGCCAAGAGCAAGGAGUGUGAUGGUGUUGAUCCUGAUAAUGUUGAUGCUUACCAAAACGAUAACGGCCUCUCCCUCACCCAGAAUGAUUCAAUCGCUUACAUGCAGUAUCUAUCGGAUAUUACUGCGCCUCUGAAUCUUACGCUUGGACUUAAAAACGCCGGAGAUAUCAUACCAGCUGUUCUACCCAUUGUACAUUUUAGCGUCAAUGAAGAAUGUGUAAAGUACGGUGAGUGCACCACUUUCGCGCCAUUCAUCGCUGCGGGGAAGCCCGUUUUCCACAUCGAGUAUCCGGAUGGGGCAGGCGCAGAACAGGGAUUGCAAGGUGAUGCAGUAGGGCAGUCCUGCGACAGAAAGGGGAAAGGAGAAGGGAGCGAAGGAUUUAGCACGGUGUUGAAGAAGAUGGAGUUGGAUGGGUGGGUGGAAUACUGCGAUCGGCAGGUUGAAGUCACAGAUGUAGAUGAGAGUCUUGGUAACCACGACUAG